GAUCAGAUAUAGUUCCACAACUCUCGGAUAGCCAAUCAUUUUCUUUGUCUCCUGAUAAUAGAAAACAAACUUCCCUUUUAAAUAAUCCAACAUCCUGUAUAAAAUUUGUCUCUCCAUCAUCUUGUCUAACCACUAUUUUAUCUUGAAGGUUGCCUUAGCAAAUAUACUAUCCUUUCUAAGAGCGGUUUCCGGUUCUAGGAAACCGCUCUUCUCAUUAAUUGAAUGAUACUAAAUUUCAUUAACACAUUUCUUGUUCAUUUCCAUUUCCUUGACUCAUUGUGUUUUUCUUGAUUAUACAUACGUUUUCUUGUAUUCUUUCAUAUUUUACAUACGUUGUUUUUGUUGUUCUUUUUGGGUAUUGAGUACUAGUUUUAAUUUGAUUAUACUGGUCAUUUCGUAUCUCUAUAGCAAUUCAACGUUAUCAAACUGGAUAAGUUUGAGAACUGGAUGCAUAGAACAGGAUUAUCAGUUUCCUACUUUGAGUUGGGUCAGUGUGCCCGAUUCAGGAUUCAGAAACUAGAUUGUUGUUGUUGUUAUUGUUGUUUGUAUUCUAUUCAUAAUCGAAAGAAGAAAAGGAAAUGGUCAGGAUUCACAAAUGCUCAUCUCCACAGCCUGGUGAAUGGGUGAAAGGCAAAGUUAUUGGAUCAGGAUCACACGGUAACGUUCAUUUGGCUAUGAAUAAGUCCACUGGAGAACUCUUUAUUGUUAAGUAUUCGCAAUCCAAAAACUCUAUUCGAUCCUUAGAGAAUGAGGCUAAUUUUCUUGAGAGUUUGAAUUCACCUUAUGUUGUUCGGUAUCUAGGAAGGAACUCAUCAAAAGGAUCAUCAAAUGAUGGAAAGACAUUAAGUAUUUUCAUGGAGUACAUGCCUGGAGGCAGUUUAUCAGAUGUUGCGGAGAAAUUUGGAGGAGCACUUGAUCAGGAAGUUAUUCGUUUGUAUACUAGAGAGAUUCUUUGUGGUUUGAAGUAUAUUCAUGAGCAAGGGAUCGUCCAUUGUGAUGUUAAGUGCAAGAAUGUGCUUUUAGGCUCGUCUGGGAACAUAAAAUUGGCAGAUUUUGGAUGUGCAAAGAGGAUAAAAGACGUGGAUAUCAAUGGAGAUUUUUCAGAUUCCUGUCAGGAUAUUGGAGGAACUCCAUUGUGGAUGGCUCCUGAAGUUCUGAGAAAAGAAGAGUUGGAUUUUGCUUCUGAUAUAUGGUCCUUGGGAUGUACAGUUAUUGAAAUGGCCACUGGAAAGGCUCCUUGGUGUGGUCAGGUCUCGGAUCCAAUGGCUGCAGUGUUAAAAAUUGCAUGUAGCGAUGAGAAGCCUAAGUUUCCAACUCAUUUUUCCAAAGAGGGCUUGGAUUUCUUGGCCAAAUGUUUGGAAAGGAAUCCUGAAAGGAGGUGGACAGCAGAAGAACUGCUUGACCAUCCCUUUAUUUCUGGUAAAUCACAGAGGAAAUCUGCCAGUUCGCCAGCAAGUGUUUUCGACUUUGGGAUCUUGGAGGAGGGUUAUGAUUCUGAUGAAUCAGAAAGUCCUUCUGAAGAUGAUUAUCGAGGCAAAAAUCCAUUUUCAACAAGGCAUUGUGAGGAAUGGAAGAGAAUAGAGAAGAGGCAGCAUUCUAUGGAGUCUGAUUUUGGUUCAUCAGAAAAUUGGAUUACUGUUAGAUCAGGUUGAAGAUUGUGUAUAGAGUGAUAAAUUUCAAUGUACAGCUAAUAUAAUAUUUAAGGUAGGCAGUUUUAAAACACUUUUUAAGACCUCUCUCUAAUGGUGAAGUGUAUUGCCAAUGGCAAUGUUCUUUACUAUGGUCUUGUGAUAUGAGCUAAAUAAUACAGUUUUUCAGGCAGUA